UGGUCAGAUCGUAGCUGGCUGCGGUGAUGAUCGUUUAUGUCUCAGAUACUGCGCCGUCUUCAUACAUUUUCUCUUCAUCUGUGCGAGUAGACCCAAAGAGGUACCAUGGCACCUGGAAAGAAGAGCAGAGUGUUUGUUAUAGGAGUUGGGAUGACAAAGUUUGACAAGCCCGGAGCUCGGGAAGAUUAUGACUACCCUGAUAUGGCCAAAGAAGCAGGUCAAAGGGCUCUAGCAGAUGCAGGAAUCCCAUAUUCUGCCAUUGAACAAGCCUGUGUAGGAUACGUCUAUGGUGACUCCACAUGUGGACAAAGGGCCAUUUACCACAGCCUGGGUCUGACCGGGAUCCCCAUUAUCAACGUCAAUAACAACUGCUCCACAGGGUCCACUGCUCUCUUCAUGGCACGCCAGCUGGUCCAGGGAGGUCUUGCUGAUUGUGUGCUUGCUCUUGGCUUUGAGAAGAUGGAGAGGGGCUCUCUGUCUGCAAAGUACAUGGAUAGGACAAAUCCCAUGGAUAAGCACAUGGAGGUGAUGAUCAACCGCUAUGGGAUGGCAGCAGCACCAGCAGCACCACAGAUGUUUGGCAAUGCUGGCAGGGAGCAUAUGGAGAAAUAUGGCACAAAACCAGAACACUUUGCCAAAAUUGCCUGGAAAAACCACAAGCAUUCCACCAAUAACCCGUACUCCCAGUUCCAGGACGAGUACAGUGUGGAGCAGGUGACGAAGUCCAGGAAGGUGUUUGACUUUCUCACACUGCUGCAGUGCUGCCCUACAUCAGAUGGUGCUGGAGCAGCAGUUUUGGCCAGUGAGGCCUUUGUCAGGAAACACCACCUGGAGAACCAGGCAGUGGAGAUUGUGGCCCAAGAGAUGGUGACCGACCUUGCCUCCACAUUUGAAGAGAACAGCUGCAUUAAAAUGGUGGGGUACGACAUGUCUCGGGUGGCGGCUAAAAAGUGUUUUGAGGCUGCUGGUCUGAAGCCAGGUGACGUCGAUGUGGUUGAGCUGCACGACUGCUUCUCAGCCAAUGAGCUCAUCACAUAUGAGGCCUUAGGGUUGUGCCCAGAGGGUAAAGCUGGAGAGCUGAUUGACAGAGGAGACAACACAUAUGGAGGCAAGUUUGUGGUCAACCCCAGUGGUGGCCUCAUCUCUAAAGGACAUCCUCUUGGUGCCACAGGUCUGGCCCAGUGCGCAGAGCUGUGCUGGCAGCUCCGAGGGAUGGCUGACCGGAGGCAGGUCCCCGGGGCAAAAGUGGCCUUACAACACAACAUUGGCUUAGGAGGAGCAGUGGUUGUCACACUAUACAAGAUGGGUUUCCCACAAGAGGCGAGCUCCCGCGUAGGUGCAGUUCUCACCAGCUCAGGCAGCGGUCUGGAAGGGUUUAAAGCUUAUCCUGUCUUCAAAGAGAUUGAAAAACAUCUCCAGCAGGAAGGAGCGCAGCUUGUUAAGAAGAUUGGUGGAGUGUUCGCUUUCAAUGUGAAGGACGGCCCAAGUGGGAAAGAGGCAACCUGGAUUGUUGAUGUGAAAAAUGGCAAAGGUUCUGUCACAAAUGACCCAGGUAAAAAGGCAGACUGCACACUGUCCAUGAGCGAUGAGGAUGUCCUGGAGUUGAUGACAGGAAAGUUGAACCCACAAACGGCAUUCUUCAAGGGGAAGCUGAAGGUCACUGGGAACAUGGGCAUGGCUAUGAAGCUGCAGAACCUCCAGUUUGCACCAGGCAAGGCCAAGCUGUGAGACUAUAUUUCUAUUCAUAUUGGAGGCUAAUUUGUAGUAAAACUGAAUUCUACGUGUUGAAUUGAACUAACUGACCGGGUACUUGCUUGGUCUUGAAGAAAGUCCAUUAUGUGAACACACUGCUCGGUUCUGUACUGAUUAUGUCAGCUCUUUAACUCUAAUUUAAAAUAUGAACUAUCCACAGUGAGUUUUUAAGAGUCCAAAUUUAAAGAUACUAACAUGCUGCUCUUUAAUUAUCUAUAAUUAUGUAUUCAAAGUCUCAAUGUACCCUAAUUUGUUUAUAAGAAUUGAACUUGUAGUUUUUGAGAAAUGAUUUUUCACAGAAUGUACAUCUGUAAAUAAAACCCAGUUUCUGAAAUGAAAUAAAUACAAUCUUUAAUGAC